AUGCUGACUACCACUCAGCCCAAGUCCAGUGUACUGUGUAGGCCUUCAUCAACUUCGUUUGAUCUGCAUUCCAUCCGUACAGAGCAACGGCGUUCAACCCAUGUUGUAUCCGCAAAAGCAUCGGUGAGACAGAGGAUCCCUCCGAAAUCAUGGGAUAGCCAUAUGCAUGUUGUGGAAUCUGAGCGAUUUCCUGUCUCUUCGACGGCGGUAUACAAACCGAAGCCACAUACGCUAGCCGAAGCGCUCGCCUUCGAGUCUGAGCUGGGCAUUGAGAAUCUUGUCUUUGUGCAGCCGUCAAUUUAUGGAUCGGAUAAUUCUUGUUUGUUAGAAGCCUUGCAAAAACUGGGACCAUCCCGUGGCAGAGGAGUUGUCGUGGUUGAUCCUGCCACCAUUGAACCGGAGACAUUGGACGAAUGCCAUGCCCUUGGAGUCCGUGGACUGAGGAUCAACCUCCAGUCUACAAGGAAAAUGAUGGAUAAGCAUGAGCUGGAAGAAACAUUACUCCAGCAUGCUGAACUUGCCCGGCCUCGCAACUUGAUUAUCGAGGCCUAUCUCCCUCUCGGGAUGAUCUCAAUGCUCGAAUCGAUUGUUCCACAAUUAGGCGUGCGAAUCUGCAUCGACCAUUUUGGCAGUCCUGACCUCUCAUUGUGGGUUGGAGAUAUGUCAUCGUUCAACCCUUACAGUCUGGAUGGGUUCUCAUCUUUAAUAUCUCUGCUUCGUGGUGGGAACACAUAUGUCAAGGUAUCUGCGCCGUAUCGCUUCAGCAAAGACCACCAGCUGCGUGAUCUUCAGGCCAUGGCUCGCGAGUUGCUGUCUGUUGCACCUGAUCGGGCGAUCUAUGCAACUGAUUGGCCACAUACCCGAUUCUCCGGAGUUGAUAUCAGUCCAUUUACUGAAUGUUGCUUAGACCUAUGUGAAACUAGACCAGGGCUUGCGGAGCGCCUCUUUCGGAAGAAUACCGAGGAAAUGCUCGGUGUGGAGUGCGCUUAG